AUGCGCGUCAUCGAAGCGCCCGCGGUGCCGCCUGGCACCAUGACCGCGCCGCCUGCGCCGCUGCCCGGACCCAUGCCGGGGGUGGCACGCUUCGAAACCAACAGGGAGGUGAGUCGACCGAGCAUUGUCCCAACGCCAUGGACCGUUUCGGAGCCCAUCACGCCGGGCGCCACCCUGGCGGCCCCCGCCACGCGGACGGCGCCGAUGCCCGUGCCCGCGGCGCAGGCGGCCACGGCGCCGGUGCCAAUGCUGGCGCCGAUGCAAUCGAUGCAAUAUCCCUUCAUGGCGUAUCCGCCCACGUGGCAUGAUACAAAGGAGUUGGCGGUGGAGCUGCGAACAAAGCACGGCGGCCGCAGCUUUCGCCUGGAGAUGCUGGCGGCAGCAGGAUCUCCCGCUGAGCCAGUGACGGUGAGCUUUGAGGAGCUUGACAGAGGUACCUUCUCCUCCCAGGAGGAGAAGAUCCGGCUGCAGAUCUGGAAGGAACAGAUGGAAGAACUUUCCAAGGAUGCGUCCAUCCAUCAUCGAGGCUGCGUUGAGGCCCUUUGCGACCUCCUUGUGGCCGCCAGCGAGGACCUCGCAGAGCUCGCAGCUGCUGAAUGCGAAGGCUGUUGGGCGAUGCCAUCUUUGGGUUCUGAAGGCAUUGACCUCUGCCAAGAUUCAGACAGCGGAGCUCCGACCCCUGUGCGUUACCUUCACCUUGUGCCGCUCACGCACAUCCAUGGCUUUAGCUAUCCUUUGGAUGACUUUCGGGAGCGAGCGCAGGCGCUGGGACGCAUGCCCAGCUGCAAGAUGUGGUUGGACCAUCCCAGCUGCUCGGGGCACCAGUUGGAGUUGCGGGCGGAGACUGAGCUGCUACACGCCCGCGUCCUGUCAAAGCCAAUGCUGCUGGGCGGUGCCUGGCUGGAACCUGGGGAGCAAAGAACUCUUCGCAGCGGCGACAUCUUGGCCAUUCGGGUGAGUGAGCUUACGGCGAACGUGCCGUUGAUGGUAUGGCGACUUCAAGUCACUGAUUCAUCCUCAGCUCCGACAUUCGGUGGUGGUGCGAGGCUCAUUCCCCUGCAUAGGCCCGAGGACUUUCAGCUUGCUGAACGGGUGUGCCUCGGCCCACCGCCGAGCUUCAAGCUUUGGGCACCGCAGUUGGCGCAGACGGAAGGAGCUUGUGCAGUCAUCGAGCGGCAGGCUGGAGAACACAUACUUCGCCGGCCGCCUUGCGGGGAGCUGCCGAUCUGGGCGAACUAUCAGAAGCUGCUGCCAGGUUCGCAGGCGAAGUUGGCCCAUGGCACUCUGAUUUGCAUAUCGUCUGCCUCGACGAUGUGCGGGAACUUCCGGAGGUGCACUUUUCUUGUCUUCCAGGACACCUCUGGGUCCUUGCCGCGGCUGAUCGCCUCGCCCUGCCGGACGGCCGUGGCCUCGCCCAAUGCGGUGACGAUGACGGUGCGUGAGACACUGGUUGCUUCUGGGCCAUCGCAGCCUUGGGGGCUGACAAGGCAAGUGCCGAUGGAGCAGAUGGAACGAGACGAAAAGACUGGCCCCGAGGAGGCUGUGUGCCUACCUGGGUCCAAUCUUUGGGGCGAUGCUCUGUGCGAGGUCUCAAAAGGCGUUGAACGUUGUAGCCAAGAGCUUGUAGCCGAUGGCGAAACUACGGAAACCACAGGGGUGGCAUCGCAAGAUGUUCUUGGCGACUUGGCUGGGGGAUCGCUGGAGAGCGCAAGGGACUGGGAGGCCCCUGACAGCCUGCACUCAAUGGGUCGGAUGGACCAUUGGGAACAAAGAGCCCUGGAAGCUGCGCAGUCACAGGACACAUCCUCAGUGAAGCGCAGCUGCCCUUCUGUCGAUGGCGAGGCUGCGGAGUGCACCAAACGGAGGUAUGCUUGAAUCAGCGCCAGAGGCCGUCAUCAUGAGACCAUGACGCCAAUUUAGAUCAUUUUAGUUUUUCUGGAAUGGCGAAUGAAGCUUCCAGAAAUCAGGGGUAAGUGAAACUGGAUGGAUGCAGAAAUCAGGGGCCACUAUUGGUGCGACAUUGCCGGAGUGUACGACGUUUGUCACGUUGAUGCUUUGGAUUGCGG